UCCCCGCCGCAGUGGGAGGAAGUUGAACCACAAAGCAAGCAGUGCCACUGUGCUAGCAAAAAACACAGAAAAAUACACCGAAGAAGAAGGGACUCCAACUUAAAACAUGUGCCAUAUUGGAGCUGGGGAAGGAGCAGCUUAACAGAGACAGAGCGGACAGUAUUGGAUGCCAAGACGCUCCAGCGGAGGCAGCGGACCGACACUUUGCUACUUAGCCGGAGUGUGGGCUCCCCAGCGCGGAUAGCCUGGCAGGCAGGAGUCGCUCGGGGCUGGCUCGGCUCCCCUCGUUUUUACUUCAGCUACCGACCUCCGUGUGGUCGAUUUACGAGACAAACACCCGCAGCACAGUGCUGUAUUAGGUGUUCAGCACAACACCUGGUGCUUGAAGGUGUUGUCGUGCCAUUUUUAACCAGUUUACAGCGACGAGGAAAAAGUUUACCAAGCUAAACUACCGCCGGAGCCGAUUUCCAUCUCCCGGCGCUCCCUCCCCCUCCUCCACCACCAUCAGCGUCACCAUCAGCCCACCGUCAGUCACUCUGUGCUGGCUCUCCAGGCGAGGAGGGUCCCCCCAACACUCGGGGUAACUCAACAAGCAAACUAUGGAUUAUAUUGUGCGAUUUCAUCUUUGUUUUUGAAGCCGUUUGGACUCUCGGUGUCAUUUUUUCUGGUGCUGGUUGCUCUCGGAAACGCUGCAAGACUUCCCCAAAAUAGACUCGCAGCCGUUAGCUUAUUAACCAAAGCUGAAACCGAGCCAGUGUUGCUGUUAAAUCCGCCAGCUAGUGAGUCUGUUAGCUGCUGGCGACCACGGUGCUUGUUCACACGUACCUGCUGGAGUGAAACAACCCAAACUCGAUGUAUAAAUUGAUUAAUCAGUCUUAUUCGAUAGUUAGCCUGCUGGCUAGCUGGUUUCAUUUUUUGCUAGCUAGCGUGGUGGCUAACUAGCAGACGAACCCGAAAUAUCGAUAAUCCCAGCAGCAGCAGCAGCAGCGGGCUAAAGCAAGUUAGCUUCGUGGAUUUGGUGUGUGAUUAGUUGAGUACACCCUUUAUCUUGUGUUAAACCUCUGGUGUUUAAUGACAUCUUUUCGGGCGACAUUUUUUUCGUGAUUGACUUAAGGGACAGGAAGCAAGGCAGCAGCAGCAGCAACGACGGCAACAUAAACAACCGCGGUGUGUAGACCUUCCUCAUCUUCAACCUGUGUGUUUAUUUGUGCCAAACUGCAUCAGAGAGAUUUGCAUUUUCCUGGUGCACCAGCUGAGAUCUUGAGGAGACACCUUGAUGAGACACAACCUGCCGCCUCUUGUAUUUAUCUGUAUCCCCCCUUUUUCGCUCCGAUUGAGACGAAGACACGUGUCGCUGUUAUAUUACUGCUUUCCUAAAGACACAGAAGAAGCCAGUCACAUUUCCACUGUGCAGCCACUCCACUAAAAUUAGACCCUUUUUUUGCUCAACAGCACAGUGUUUACAUUUUAAGGAAAAAGCCCUGCAACGCCGCACUGGAGACAAACCAGUCGUUUGGACACAUUUCCAUCAAGAGGGGACCAGGAGAGUCCCCAGAGACCUGUAGGAUUUGACAGCUGUCUCCAGACCCAGCAUCUGGUGCAUCUACCUAUCUCCGUGAGACUUAUCACGUUACUAUAAAGCGAGGAAGGAAGUACAAGAUCUUUUCUUUGCAUCAUUUUCCCCCUGAAGAAACCUGCAUUUUUUCCUGCACUAAAUGGGAUUACAAGGACGGUGCUGACUGUGUAUCUCUCGAUCAGCCUGUCACCCAAUGUCUCCCCUCCUGAAUUCCCUUUUUUCUGUCACAAUGAUGGUAGUUUGAGGCGAAGUGAGCAGAACACAGCCGACAGGAGACAACGACACCAUUCCGGUCGAUGGUCAGCCCUGCCGUCCGCUCAGCUGGCCCUGUCACGCACCUUGGCGCUUGAUGUUGCUCAUAUCUGGUGGAGGACAUUGUUUUUUUAAUCCCCUCAAAUAAAACAAACCCAUCCCCAGCCCGGUUAUUUUAUUGAUUUGCUCGUCCCAGGGUCGAAAGAUGGCGGACCUCGAAGCAGUGCUCGCCGAUGUCAGUUAUUUGAUGGCGAUGGAGAAGAGCAAAUCUACUCCAGCGGCCCGGGCGAGUAAGAAAAUCAUCCUGCCUGAGCCCAGCAUUCGCAGUGUGAUGCAGAAGUACCUCGAGGAGAGAGACGAACUGACAUUUGACAAAAUUUUCAACCAGAAAAUUGGCUUCCUACUGUUCAAAGACUUCUGUAUGAAUGAGAUCGACGAGGCCGUGCCACAGCUCAAGUUCUACGAAGAAAUUAAGGACUACGAGAAGCUGGACUCGGAGGAGGAGAGGCUGAGCCGCAGCCGGCAGAUUUACGACGGCUACAUCAUGAAGGAGCUGCUGUCAUGUUCACAUCCGUUUUCAAAGAAAGCAGUGGACCAUGUGCAGAGUCACUUAGCAAAGAAACAGGUUCCCCCGACUCUCUUCCAGCCAUACAUAGUGGAGAUCUGUGACAGCUUGAGAGGGAAGAUCUUCCAGAAGUUCAUCGAGAGUGACAAAUUUACUCGCUUUUGCCAGUGGAAGAACGUGGAGCUCAACAUCCACCUGACCAUGAACGACUUCAGCGUGCAUCGGAUCAUCGGCCGGGGCGGCUUCGGCGAGGUGUACGGCUGCAGGAAGGCCGACACGGGGAAGAUGUACGCCAUGAAGUGUUUGGACAAGAAGAGGAUCAAGAUGAAGCAGGGGGAGACUCUCGCGCUCAAUGAGAGAAUCAUGCUGUCGUUAGUCAGCACAGGGGACUGCCCGUUCAUCGUGUGCAUGACGUACGCCUUCCACACCCCCGACAAGCUGUGCUUCAUCCUGGACCUCAUGAACGGGGGCGACCUGCACUACCACCUGUCUCAGCACGGUGUGUUCAGUGAGAAAGAGAUGCGUUUCUACGCAGCUGAAAUCAUCCUGGGUCUGGAGCACAUGCACAACCGCUUCGUCGUCUACAGAGACCUCAAGCCAGCUAAUAUCCUGUUGGAUGAGCACGGUCAUGUUCGUAUCUCCGACCUCGGCCUGGCCUGCGACUUCUCCAAGAAGAAGCCCCACGCCAGUGUGGGCACUCAUGGCUACAUGGCUCCGGAGGUUCUUCAGAAGGGGACGGCGUACGACAGCAGCGCCGACUGGUUCUCUUUAGGCUGCAUGCUCUUCAAACUCCUCCGAGGGCACAGUCCCUUCAGACAGCACAAGACCAAAGACAAACAUGAGAUUGACCGCAUGACGCUCACCAUGAAUGUGGAGCUGCCAGACUCUUUCACUGCAGAGCUCAAAGACCUGCUGGAGGGGCUGCUGCAGAGAGACGUAUCCAAGAGGCUCGGCUGUCAGGGCCGAGGAGCCCCAGAGGUGAAGGAACAUCAGUUUUUCAAAGGCAUUGACUGGCAGCAGGUGUACCUCCAGAAGUACUCUCCUCCUUUAAUUCCUCCCCGGGGAGAGGUGAACGCCGCAGAUGCUUUCGACAUAGGCUCCUUUGAUGAGGAGGACACCAAGGGCAUCAAGCUGCUGGACAGUGACCAGGAGCUGUACAAGAACUUCCCUCUGGUCAUAUCGGAGCGCUGGCAGCAGGAGGUGGCAGAGACGGUCUACGAGGCGGUGAACUCGGACACGGACAAGAACGAGGCUCGCAAGAGGGCCAAGAACAAGCAGCUUGGCCACGAGGAGGACUACGCCUUCGGAAAGGACUGCAUAAUGCACGGCUACAUGUUGAAGCUGGGGAACCCGUUCUUGACCCAGUGGCAGCGCCGAUACUUCUACCUGUUCCCCAACCGUGUGGAAUGGAGGGGAGAGGGCGAGUCACGGCAAAACCUGCUGACGAUGGAGCAGAUCGUGACGGUGGAAGAAACGCAGAUUAAAGACAAGAAAUGUAUCCUGCUGCGCAUCAAAGGAGGGAAGCAGUUUGUGCUGCAGUGUGAGAGCGAUCCGGAGUUCGUGCAGUGGAAGAAAGAGCUGACCGAAGCGUUCACAGAAGCCCAGAAGCUGCUGCGCCGCGCCCCCAAAGUCAUCGGGAAAGGCCGGGCCGGAGUGGUGGAGCUCUCCAAACCUCCCCUCACACACCGCAAUAGCAAUGGCCUGUGAAUACACAACACACACGCACGCACACAUAUAUAAAUAUAUAUAUAUAUCACACACACAUACACACACACCUGUACACACACACACUGCAUCCCACCUCCUCUCCCUCCCCAUCAGCUGCCCCGACACCUCCCCACAACGCCUCGCAGUGUGUACGGACCAUGCACACCAGCGUCUUACCGACACACACACAUACACACACACACAUUCGACCAAUCAUAAGCGCAAUUUUUCGUCUGCCAUGGGACCUUGCCAGUUCACCAAGAGGAAGAGAGAAACAUUCGGGAGGGCUCAGCAUGUGAAGAACCUCUGCAUGAAUGUGACGAGGACUGACGCCCGGUCCUCUCUUGUCCCCGUCUUUCUCUUUUUCUCCUCCCCUCCCCUCCCUCUCUACACCUGUACCCCGCCGCCGCCACCACUGCCGCCGCCGCCACCACUGGAUGGGGCUUUCUCAACCAGGACCCACAGCAGCCUGGCGGGCUACAGGUCUGAUCUCUCGGAGGUGGCGCAGAUGAGGCCCUGAGGCUUUGGCGGGAGGACAAAUAAAAAAAGGCUGCUCGACCUGUUCUCCUCUAACCAUCCCUCCCUCUGUUACUGAAGUGCGUAAAGUGCCAACAUCAAUAUUUACUUGAGUCACCUGAGCACCCUGGAGGAGCUGCUUGGUGGCAGAUAUCGCCCCCAGAUACACACAGGAGGUGGUGGCGGCGGCGGUGGCGGCGGCGGCGGCGGCGGCGGCGGCGGCUGUGGUGGUGGUUGAUCAUUCCAAUGCAGACAACAGGAAGUACAAGGACCACAGACUCUUUCAAGAUUGGCUCCUGUACAGCCAGUUGCCAUAGAGACUGGGAUUCCAUUGGCUGACAAACAGCAGCCUGGUUGCUAUGGUAACCAUGAAGACUGGUAUACCUGGGGAACCGGUAACCACGGACAACGGUGUAACUAUUGUGUAUGAAGGCUACACUUGCAGAGGAAGAGGCGACGGAGGAGGGAGGAGGGAGUGACUCUGAGUGUACAUACGAAACCCUUUCUCUCCCUCUCUGUGCAUCUCCAGUGUUUUAGUCCAACGUGUUUGCAUUAUCGGGGACUUCUCUGUCUGCCUGUUCGUGAAUCUGUCCUGGCUUUAGGGGAAGAAGAGGAAGAGGAAGAGUGUUUUCCUGCUGGGUGGGGUGGUGGGUGGCGGGAGGGUGGGGACAGCUUUCAAUCACUCGCUGCGUUUACCUCAGUUGGACUGUGUCAGUUUGAGGCGUGAAACCUCUCCAAGGGCCGAGUGUCGCGCUCCGUGUUUGUUCGUCUGUGCGUCGUCGUGUCGCGGCUUCUUUUUUGGAAAUUCAUCGUCGCACGAAAUCGUUGGGUUUACAGCUUUCGGCUUUUUGUGGAUGGUGAAUGAAGAAGACGAGCUGAAGCUAAUUAAAGGAAAAAUCCACCCUUAAAUACACCAAACUUUUAUAGAGGCAUUUUAUAUUAAGAUAAUCUCUGAUGUUUGAGGCAUUUCAGGUGUUUGUUUUUUGUUAUGUUUUUUUAUGAAGGGUUGUUUUAGUUUUUGCACUCAUUACCGCACCCUGCCUCAUGUGCAUGUCGUUCUGAGUUGUAGGGAUGGGAAGUGAUAAGAGUUUAUUGAUACUAGGGCUCCGACAGACAGUUACUAUCAUUGUCGAAUAAUAAGUCGAUUAUUUUCCCAACUUCAGCCAGCGUUCUCGCUUCCUUACGCUAUCUGUGUGUUACUGUUUCCAAAUCCCCUUCGGAAACCACAACAACAACCUCCAAGCUCACAACUUAGACUUUGAAAAUGUCACGUUAUCAUGCGUUAAGGCAUGCCUGCUUUCUUCUUACAGUGAGUUGAUUUAGAAGAACUUGUGGACGAACCUCGGAACACCCCAGACUCGUCUCGCCGGACUCUCAUGCCUCCGACGUUGAUCCAUUUCUUGACUCGGCCAGUCAAGGUGAAUUUGCCACGUCUUUAAACUCUGGCAGCGACAUCGAUCCGUUUCACUUCACGCAAGCUUCUGUGAUGUCAUCGUAAUGAUGCUCUGCUAGAGUCACAUACAGCCAGCAAAUCAUCUGUGGUUUGAACGAGUCCUCCAGAGCUAAAGAAUAGAUAGGUGUCACCUCAAAUUUAGUUUGGCUAUUUAUCAGUAAAGGUUGGAUAAUACAGUGACGACUGUAACUGCUUUCAUGGCGUUUUCUUUUGCCAUUUUAAUGACAGUGCUCGCCUCCCCACGUGCAAAUGUUACACCGAAACAAGUUCACCCCUGACACUAUUUUUACAAGAGCACUGUCGCUGUAUCUGGGGCCUAGCCCCGCCCAAGAGGACUGUGAUUGGCUUAAAGAAACAAAAACAAGCAAGUGUUUUUCCCCUGCAGCAGAAAGACAAUCAGUGGUCCUAGACUUUUCUUUAGCGCUGACGCGAACCUGUGACGAUAGGUCCGCCUCGACGAGACUAAUCGAUUGUUGUUUGGUCUAUAAAAUGUUUAAAAUGGUGAAAAAUGGCGAUCGGUGUUUCCCAAAGCCCAAAAUGACAUCUGGAAAUGUCCUGUUUUGUCCACAACCCAAAGACACUCAUAUAUUCACAUUCUAAAAACUGGAAUCAGACAAUUUUGUCUUUUUUUUUUUUCCUAAAAAUUUCACUCAAACCAACUAAUCGAUUAUCAAAUUACUUUGGGAUGAGUUUAAUAGUUUCUUAUUGAUACCCAUGCCAGUAUCGAUUCUGUUUGUUGGUGCUAAUUCCUGAUCAGUUUUCUCAGUGGAACAAAAAAGGCCCACACAGGUUUUAUUAUCUGAGUCUGAACACAGUGUAGCAGCAGUCUGUCGUGAAGGUUUCCUUAGUCAGAAAAAAGCUGCUAAUCCUGUAGCUAUGGUGUGGAUGUUAUUAUUAACGGACAUGUUGCUUGGUUGCGAAGCAGCGUCGCUCGUGCGUAGAGACUCAAAUACGAGGCAUUCCUAUUUAAGCCCAGGUUGUAAAGGAAGAUUUGUCAGUAUAUUGCUGAUGUUUCCACCCUGACUUGAAAUGAUCAUUUUACAGUUCUUACAAGCAGCACUCUUGUCAUCUUUAGUCAUUUUUUCAUCAUAUUGGCAGAAAUGGGCCACCGUAGUUUUCUAGCAGAAUAAAAAAAACAACACCAUCCGUCAGCAGCGUGUUUAUCUCACAUUAAAGUGUUUCAGGGUGGAGUUUUCCUCAAAGUCUACUCAUGAUUUAUUUUUUUGUUCCUAAAUGUGACACAGUUCAGAUGAGGUGAAACGUCUUCAAUCGGGGGGCUUUGUACGGUUUCGCCGGCAGCUUCGUCGUCGCCGUGAACCCCGUUGAAGUUUGAAGGGCAGAAACCGCGCACAAUCGUAUGGUGUGGAUUAAAAAGAACACGCAGCGGAGGAGCAGGAGGAGCCGAUUUAUUGUUGGAUACAUUCAUUGAUUUCAGGGUUUUUAUUUUGACAUGCAGUACAGUGUCCUCGUCUGUGAUGUCCAUGCAUUUCCGGAGCUGUGAUGUGUGACCUUCAGUAGGAAAAGGGUUGAUUAGGGGUGCAUUGUGAUUUUAUUUUUCUUUCUUUGUAGCCUUUAACCAGUCAGGGGGAGAUAUUAUCGUCUUAUAGAGAAAUUUUGCCACCUCUCAAGGUGUCUUUUAUUUUUGUAAACCAAAAUGGUUUUUAUUGUUUCAUUGAAAUUUAUGUCUGUUGCACCUUUUUAGCCCAAUGUGUUACUUAAUAGUUGUUAAAUGUGCCAAAUAACUGUUGCUGAUUGAGUGGAACCAAUGGGAAGCCUCCUUUUUCUGAACUUUUUGAACCCUUCUCGCCACACACGCCGCUUCACAAACUGUGCGGUGGCGGCGUCGAGUCUUCGAAGGGUACAAAACUGUGACCAAACAUUUUUCCGGAGAAGACAGAGGUGUGUGUGCGUGUGUGUGCGCUCUGGCUUUCCACCAUGUUGCCAUAGGGACUCUCGACACACCAUCCAGCUCUCUACUCUAAAAAGUUUUCUUUCACACUGUACGUAUGUCAUGUGAGUGUGCGAGCUUCAUUAUCUCUCUGUAUGUUCAUGCAGUGGACUUUAUUUUUUUUUUUUUGGUGGUCAUACACUCUGCUCAAACACACGCUCAACACACGACAAUUUAAAAAGGAUGGCAUAUAGGAAAAAAAAUUCAAAGUAUAUAUAAAUAUAUGUGUAUAUGAAAUGACAAAAAUGCUCUAGGUUUAUUUAAAAGAUUUAAUGUAGAAAACAAAAUGAAAAUGUUCGGGGAGGUCGGGGGUUUUGAUGUGAGUAUAAUUGUUUGUGGUGAAGACUUCAGCUCAAAUCUUGCACAUAAAGACUUUAGAUAUUGUACCUGCGAGUUCCAGAUGAUUAUUUUUGUUUGAAUACAGGACUCUCUUUGCUCUUUCAUAUUUAUUAUUGCGUGUGUGGGGAGCUCUCUAUCUCUCGCUCCGUCUCUCCUCCACGUUAUGAGCUCUCAGCCGAGAGCUCGCUGUAGAAAAAUCCUCCGGUUUACACCCAUCAGAAACUCUCUUGUUUUGUUUUUUUCAUAUCCACAGACAAACACAAAUACUACUGGCUUUGGGUUUAUUAUUGCCAUUAAGGUUAUGAUAAUACUGAUAUAUAAUUGAUAAUAUUAUUCAAUGAUUAUUAUUAAAUUUAUUUUAUUUCAAUGAUUUUUAUUUUUUUGUUUUCGAGACAGGUAGGAAGUUGCGUGUUGGACUGCUUGUAAAAACAGUUCAUGAAUAAAAAUCCUUUUUCCGUGUU